AUGUUACUCGUAACGAUGAAUUUGCAUCAUUUUAUGAGCCUCUUGCAGGACGACAUGUACUUGAAUGAAUCGCUACUUAGUGAAAAAGAAUUUGUAAUUACGUCGUUGCCUCCUCUCUACUUGGUGUCGAAGAUAUCAAAGGGGAAAUAUACUUCAUCUGAAGUGACGGCUGCAUUUAUUAAGAAAUAUCUAAUAAUUCAUAAUAUAGUGGCUCUUAGUCAACAAUUAGAACGACAUAUGACAGAAGCUUUAGCUAUGGCUAGGUUUUUAGAUUGCUACUAUGCAGACACUGGGAAUAAAGUUAUUGGACCAUUGCAUGGUCUUCCCAUAAGUGAAACUCAGUUGGAUACAGUUAAACAGUUGCUUGAUUUUGAAGGGGAUAUUUUGGGCAAUGUUAAAUUGAAUUUGUUCCAGUAUGAUUUGGAAAGCAAUGUAGAGGGUGCUGUCUCUCCAAGACUGAAACAUGCAUCAAUAUACCCUACUAUAUCUUUGCAAGCUAGAUGCUGA